AUGGACGAAAAUCGCCAAGAAACACCGCAUGCCGAUUUCGAUCGCGAGGCCUCGCGCAGAGGGCUUCGAAAGACCGGUUCUCAGACAAUGGGCUGGGACACGGAGCAUCACGAUUUCCCCCGCAACUGGCGCCCCCAGCGCAAGCUCUAUGACGCCUGUGUGCUGCUCUUCUUGGAGUUCUACACCGCCGUCAUCAGUAGCACCGGGCCGUCCGCGGCAGAAGAGGCCAUGUCCGAGUAUGCCAUGAGCAGGGCCGUCAUGCUCACUGGCUUUCAGUUCAUGUACGGCAUCGGCCAGGCUCUCGGCGCUCUGAUUAUGCCUCCCAUCUCAGAGGCCCUCGGUCGGCGGCAGUCCUACCUCGUAUCGGCCGCUGCCUUUAGCAUCGCCUGCUUGCUCAUUGGCGUCGUCCCCUCGCCAGCUGGAGUCUUCAUCGGUCGUUUCUUCGCCGGGUACGCGUCGGUCGUCCCUGCCAUUGUUCUCGCAGGGAGCAUUGAAGAUCUGUACACCCAGCAGCCCCGGCUCUGGUUCCUUUGGACUUGGAACUGCUGUACCAUGCUAGGAAUUGCGGUUGGUCCCAUCUACGGAUCCUACAUCGUGGAUGCGAUCGGCUGGCGUUGGGUCUAUUAUACAGCAGCCAUUACCACCGCGGUUGUAUUCUUCCUCAUCAUCCCCGUCCGCGAGAGUCGCCCGACCACUCUUCUUGCCCGCCGAUUCGACAAUCUGCAGUCCAAGGUUGGAGAGCUCGACAUGGAUAUACCCAAUCCCGAUAAGAUAAAAGACGCAGGAGAAUUCUUCAGGGUUGUUCUGGUGCGCCCGGCCAAACUCGGAGUGACGGAACCCAUCAUCAUCCUCGUCGCCAUCCUCAGUGCGUCCUCUUGGGGCAUGGUGUACCUCUUUACCGAGUCCUUCACUGUCGUAUACAGCGAGUUUGGCUUCAGCUCUAGGGCGACCUCUCUCCCAUUCGUUGCACUGCUGCCUGGGAUCCUGCUCAGCGGCGUGGUUCGCUUCUGGGACCAUCACAAGUUGAAGGCUCGGCGAAAAGCCGGACAGCGACCAGAGCCAGAAGACAAAAUUGCCGGUUUUGCGAUUGCAGCUCCAGCUCUCGCCGCCGGGCUCUGGAUCUUUGGCUGGACAGUCCCACCCCUCGUUCAUGUCCACUGGAUCGGAUCCACGUUCGGUCUCGUCCUCAUCGGCUUUGCAGCCACCGAGUUCUCGUACACUUUGAGUGGGUAUACCGCCGACUCGUACACAAUCUACGCCUCAUCGGGCAUGGCUGUCACCGGGGUCUUGCGCGCGCUCGCUCAGGGGUGUCUGCCCUUGUUCGCUUAUCCGAUGUAUUCGGGCCUCGGAUCGAAUGUCGCCACGAGCAUCAUCGCGGCGGUUGCGACCCUCUUCUGCAUCACGCCAUAUAUAUUCCUGAAACAUGGGAAACAGCUGCGAGAGAAGAGUCCAUUCGCAAGGUACAGCGCCGAGGUGAACGAGCAACACGGUCAAGACUGA